AUGGCAACAAGGAGCAGGGAAUAUACGGGAGCUGAAGGGCUCGGAGUGCGUGUGGGUGUAGAAGGCGACUCUGACGACGAGUCUAUGGGUCGUGACGAGGAUGUGCCGCGCGGUAGUCGUGUGACAGUGUUUGGUGAGGGCCGGGUUCCUGAGACGCCUUCGCCGCCUAGGAAUUCAUCUCAUGCGAGGAGGUCAUCUACGUCGCUGGGGUUUCUUGGGACACCAACACAUCCAGGGCGGUAUUUUGAUGUGCCGAACUCCCCAUCCAGUAAUAAAGGGCGUAAAACCAGUAUAAGCCAUGAGAGUGGCAGUGGGAGGACAAGGCUACUCCCUCCAACCACGCCUAAAUCCAGGCAAACGGAGGUGUUCAUGUCUCCAUCUCCGAAGCUGAGGUCGCCACAAGUAUCAAAGGAGAUAGAAAAAAAGCCGAUAAAGGAAAUAUCUAACGAGUUAAAGACCAGGUUGAACUAUGCGUUGAUGAAGUUGCAGAAUGGUUGGGUUGACAAAUCACUCCCCGAAUUGGAACAUACACUUGCCACAGAUAGAGGGGAUGGUAUUAAUGAGAUAGGCCAGGGUCAAAACUCUGGUGAGGUGUUUAGUAAAUUGGAUAAUAACGAUGCAGGUAAGGAUUUCUUACAACAAAGAAGGAAAUCAGGCUAUGUUAAUCAGUUUGCAGGGGAUGACUCAAGUUCUGCCACAUUUAAGUUUGAAGGUUUGAAAGGAAACACACAAAGCAAUGAUAAAGGCGGUGAUGAGCGGGCUGGUACCAAAACUGCAAUCAAAACUGAAAGCAAUGAGAUGUACUCAGAGGUUCAAUCUGAUAGUGACGAAAAUAGUAAUGAUGAAGGGAACUCUGCACAUUCUGCAUUCUUGAAAGCACUUUCAAGUCCGAAGAAAAAACAGAAGUCUUCAUCUUCAACUUCUUAUCCUGUUUCACCUUUAAGAUGGACAUCUACCAGCAGGCCCAAGCCACUAACGUUAGAUACCAAUCUAGAGAAUACCAAGAAGAACACCAAAGGACCACCAUUAGAGGUAGAGGCAAUAGAGACAUUAAUGUCGUUAGCUUCACCUAAGAAAUCAUCGGGUUCUCUGGAUGAAGCAUUAGCCAGCAAUGACAGUGCUUCAGGAAGACCCGGCUCUGUUACAGGUAAAGGUGCUACACCGAUAUUUCUAAGAAAUGAUGUUCUGAGACAGAAAAAUGCAUCAAACGAAGGACAACUGAGACUUGGUAACAAUGAGAUACUAGCUGAAAAGAAGUCUGACGUUGAGACAGAAGUGGAUGAAUCCGACUAA